AUGAGUUCCACGACAUCCAAAGAUGUUGUUCAUAACGACAAAGCUGCCGGGUCUGUGGAUCUCGAGCAGCAGGGAACUCCUGUUCCGUGUACAGCCGUGACCCCUAAAACUCUCGGUGCCGGGUCUGCCCUGGCUCUGGGCGCGUUCGGAACGACACUGACCACCCUCUCACUGAGCCUGAUGGAGUGGCGGGGAGUCACCACAGAGAAUGUCUUUGUGGCAAAUUUCUUCUUUAUCGCUGCAUUCGGUCUGGUUAUCACAGCACAGUGGGAGUUGUCGAUCGGAAAUGGUUUCGCCUAUACUGUCUUCAGCGCUUUCGGCCUUUUCUACGCGGGCUUUGGUGCUCUCUUGACCCCGGCAUUUGGCGUUGCCACGGCAUACGGCGGAAGUGAUACGGCUCAAUAUAAUAAUGCCGUGGGAUUCUUUAUGAUCCUAUGGACGGUGUUCGUCUUCACCUUUCUCAUCGCAUCACUCCCAACCAACAUAGCAUACAUCCUGGUGUUUUUCCUUGUGGAUAUUGGAUUCCUUACCGUGGCAGCCAGCUAUUUUGCUGCGGCAGAUGGCCACGCGGCGGCGGCUGCUGCGCUCAGGAAAUCGGGUGGUGUAUUCUGUUUCCUGGCUGGAUUGGUGGGUUGGUAUAUUGUAUUUCAUCUUUUGCUGCAGGACUCUCUUCUGGACAUCCCAUUGGGUGAUACUUCGCGAUUCUUUGGGAGAAAAAAGAAAAGAAGAGUGAUGUGA